GGCCGAUCUGGAAAAUGACUCGAAACAGUCUCAUUCUCAGUUAUCAGGCGAACAAACCGCGAUUUUGACGCAAAGUACAUUUUAAGAUGGAGAGUCGUGGAAGUAGUCGACCAUGGGGGAAGCUGGUGAAAGUGGACUUUCGUGAGAAUGAAGUGCUGCUUGUCAACAGGGAAUGCACGGUUGGCCGAAAAAAAGGAUGUGAUUUAUCCUUUCCUGCUAAUAAACUGGUCUCAGGGGAACACUGCAAAAUUGUACAAGAUGAGAACUCAGGUUUGGUGUGGCUUGAAGACACAAGCACCAAUGGCACAGUGAUCAACAUGUCCAAACUGGUCAAGAAGCAAAUUCACAUGCUGCAGAAUGGAGAUGUCAUUUACUUUGUGUACAGGAAAAAUGAGCCAGAACAGAACAUAGCUUAUGUUUACCAUUCCAUAAGGCCGGAACAAGAUGUCUCACAGGACAAUUGUAACACGGAGAGGUCAGCCUGCACUAAUACCACUUCACCAUCAGACCUGUCUCUUUCUGUGGAGCCAGUCAUGCUGACCGGAGCCCCAAGGGAUCCAGCACAGGAGGAGCCUCAGCCAUCCACUUCUGCCUUUUACCUCCACAUUAAGAGACCUGCAACAGCUGGCUCUGGCUCAGUGGCACAUACAGUCCUUCCUGCCCUCAACCAAGCUGAAGAUGCUGUACAAGCACAGGAGACGGUGAUGGAUAAGCUGGAGCCAGAGAGGAAGAAGAGGAAAACUGACAAUGAUUCAGACCUGCCACGCACAUCCAACACAGAAGCAAUGGGUCCAGCUCAAGGAAAUGUUGUGGAUCCAAAGAGUAAAUCUCGAGCAGAUGGAUCCAAGACUGACAAGAUGGAGGAGUCCCUGACAUGUAUAAUCUGUCAAGACCUGCUGUAUGACUGUGUCAGCCUCCAGCCCUGCAUGCAUACUUUCUGUGCUGCCUGCUACUCCGGCUGGAUGGAACGCUCGUCUCUAUGCCCCACCUGCCGCUGCCCAGUGGAGCGAAUCCGGAAGAACCACAUGCUAAACAACCUGGUGGAGGCCUAUCUUAUCCAGCAUCCAGAAAAGUGUCGUACUGAGGAGGACCUGAAGAGCAUGGACAGCCGUAACAAAAUUACUCAGGAUAUGAUGCAGCCAAAGAUUGAGCGCUCUCUCUCCGAUGAGGAAGGCAGUUCGGAUUAUCUGUUUGAGCUCUCUGACAACGACAGCGACAACUCAGAUAUCAGUCAGCCAUUUGGGAUGUGCAGACAGUGUCCAGGCUACAGGAGGGAUGUUGGUCAGAUGUUGUUGGCUACGGGUUCAAAUUACUGGAUGUCCAGUCCACUUCCCCAAUCAGUUCUUCCUACUCCACCUUUUGUGGCAGCCAUGCCGGCCCCCGGAGAAGGCUCUGGAAAGCUCUCUGGGGAGCAGCCCUCCACCUCUGCUGACAUCCCCUCAGCACCCCAGGAGUACAGCUGCCCUCCUCAUGGCCGCCAUAUCAUCUGCAGUUGCUGCCUCCAGCCAAUGCCAGACAGACGUAUAGAAUUCAAUUGCCAACUGGCUACUCCUCAGCAAUGUACGGUGUGCCAGAGACCCUUCUGUCACAUGUACUGGGGUUGCCAAAGGAUUGGUUGUGAAGGUUGCUUGGCACCCUUUGGUGAGCUCAACCUGACUGAUAAAUGCCUGGAUGGUGCACUGAACAGCAAUAAUUAUGAAUCUGAGAUCCUACAGAACUACUUGUCAUCUCGAGGGAUGUCUUGGAGAGACAUGCGACAGGAGGGAUUGCAAGCUUUACAGCAAGGAACCUACCAUCUAUCUGAUUACCGCAUCACUGUAAAUACGAUGCUUUGCUUCUGCUGUGGCCUGCGAUCCUUCAAGGAGCUGGCUUACAAAUACAGACAGAACAUUCUACUAUCUGAACUUCCAGCUGCCGUCACCUCUCGUCCUGACUGCUAUUGGGGUCGCAACUGUCGCACACAGGUGAAGGCACACCAUGCCAUGAAGUUCAACCACAUAUGUGAGCAGACUCGUUUCAAGAGCUGAAGGGCCAGAGAGACUCCUUUCCUCACAAAUGGCAAACACAGACGAGAAAAUCUACUUGAUUGGAAAGUGACAUUUGCCAUAGCCCUGCACCUCUGACCAAGCAAUAGAAUACUGUGGAGAAAAUUAUCGUUUAUAUUUGUACUACACUUUUUUUAGCUAUAUGGAACCUGGGUGCAGUACCCAUCAUGUUUUUGACUUGUUGCAGAUAUUACAAUCAUCACCCCCUCCAAAUUCUAUCUAGUGUCUUAAGUCAUACGGGAGUGUGUAAAAGAAACAUUAGCCAUGCUUAGCUGUUCCAACUGCUCCUCAGCUUGAUUCCCAUUUGAAUGAGAAAUAAACACCAGCAACCAGCCAAAUACCGGUUAAUUUGGACUGACUGAUAAAUUCUUUUUAUUGAAUUGGCCAUUUUGACAAGUAAUCAAGCACCAGUUUCUUGGGUAAUGUAUUUGUUUGAUUGAAGUGAUUUCUAAAUUGUUGAAUCCCCUUGCAACAGUGACUGGAGGAUAAAAAUUAAGUUUCCGGUUUAGUUUUGGAUUGCAUUCAUAUUGGGAGUAGUGCCCCCUUUUUUCAACAUGAGAGCGUGUUGGUUUUAAGAUGGCUUUGAUUUAUAUUAGAUCUGCAAGACACCGAGGUGGUGAAAGCAAUGUGUGUGGAUGAAGGCCAUAUACCUAUGUAUGUGUAGCCAUACCAGUGAGCUGUUCUCUAUAUUCCCUUCUUCCUGUGCCUGAGUAGCUGAGAUUUUCUUUGUCUCUCUCGUGCUUAUGUUGUGAUAUAAGAAUGUUGUCUAAGAAUUGCUGAUUUGAGAAUCAUCUGGUGCUUCCUAUAAAAUGCAUAUUUCUCAAGGUUUAGGAAAACAAAAGGUGAUGCGCACAUCUCGAUUCAUGUUUUCUAUGCAUAACAGUGACUUGGAAGUUGAUUUCUGUUUUUUCAUUUUGGGUUAAGAAACUUGGGAAACAAACUUUGCAAGGGACAAACUGCCAGCUUUUUACAGUGUGCAUUAUUAAGUAAGAAUAACCUAUCAAAGGUCAGAAGUAUCUUACCUCUUUGGAGAACUUUUACCUUGUUAUUCUAGUGCAACAGUGCUUUUCCAUGCAAAGGCAGAAAGCCAUGUUAAACACCCACAUACAUAAAAGGGUAAUUUUGGAAUCCCAUGUGAUACUUGUAAAGGAUUUCACGUGUUAAGUAGAUCAGGGUAAUAAUUAUGUUGUUGUCUGAGGGCAUGUGGCCCCUCAGUUGUAUGCUUUGCUUGGGAUAAUCAACUCCACACGGAUUUAAAGUAGUGUAUUAGAGAGUCUCUUGGGCCCUGGUAGAGGACUAAGACUUGUUUAGAAUGCACAAUUGUUGGCUGUAGAAGUGUUGAGUAGUUAUAAAGCAAUUUACCUUGCUGAAGGUGUAGAUUGUUGGUCAAAUAUGUUUAUUAACCAAUCCAUCCGUGCUUCAGGUAGCAUAGGCUCCCCCCCGAGGCAAGGAGAAGCACUUUUCUUUGUAAUCUUACAAGAUGCACUUGCAGAACCAACACUUCAGUAACUCGUAUGUAUGUGCCAAUAUGCUAAUGAAUCACGCUCAUUAUAAGGAUGUCUACUGAGUUUAUCGCUUACUUUUGGUUGCCAUAACACAGUGUUAACCUGCAAGAUUUAGGUUAGAUCUUAAGAGGUUAAUUUAGUUUAUGUUUUGUUUUUUGUCUUGUUUUAAGAUAUAACAUGGUGAAUGAAAACGUGCUCAUUGAAUUUUGUUGAAAAUUGUUGUUGAGGUAACAAAGCUUCUCAAUGCUUUUUUUAAAAUAGUUUCAUAAUGUUCUUAUACCAGAAAUCAGUAUUGUAGAGAGAUAAAUUUGUCACAUAUACCAGAAAUCAAUACUACGUUAGAUACAGUUUGUUAUAGUACAGCCAUGUUGUGUCAAUAAGUUGUCAGUAAUUCGUAGAUUUGCAAACCAUUUCCAGCUAACAUUUUUUCUCUUUUACUUUUUUUGUUUGUAACAAAUUGGCCUGCGUUGUAGACUAGCUAGAACAUCCUAUCAUUUUCUAGAGGCCUUAUAUAUUGAUAUGAGUGAUUCAGUCGUGGCACGGUGGCCCAGUGGUUAGCGCUGUCGCCUCACAGCAAGAAGGUCCUGGGUUCGAACCCCGGGGUUGCCCAACCUUGGAGGUCAACCCAGGUCUUUUCUGUGUGGAGUUUGCAUGAUCUCCCCAUGUCUGCAGUGGGUUUUCUCCGGGUGCUUCGGUUUCCCCCACCAUCAAAAAGACAUGCAUGUUAGGGUUAAUACUCCUGUCUGUGCCCCUGACCGAGGCAUGGCAAGACGAACUGGAGUUGGUCCCCGGGCGCUGGAGUUGCCCACUGCUCCUAGCUACACAGCUAGGAUGGGUUAAAUGCAGAGCUGAAUUGCCCCACGGGGAUUAAUAAAAGUAGUUUAAAAAAAAAGUUGAUCUUGAUUGUCCCUAUACUUUUAACAAGUAGAUGAUACGGGAGCAGAGUUUGUAUUCAAGUUUUAGUUUUCUGUUUUAGUUGAGAAAAUGCAUUUCCCUUCUUGUUGUGUGCUGUGCUUAACUGCUAACAAGGAUUCUGACUUUUACAUAUUUCGACUAUUUGCUGAUCAAGUGGGAAAUGUUUCGCUAGCAUGUUUACAUGUCGCAUUGUGAAGGUGUUUGCACAAAUCUCCUCUCACAUUUUAAAGGCUUCUCUUCUAAUUUGAUCCCUGCUUUAUAAAACGAUAUUGAAAGGUUCGUUUCAAUCUUUGUACUUUGCAAUAUCCAAAGAUGUCCGUAUGCGUUGUAUAUUGACAUUAUACACCAGCUGAAGGUGCUAAUCUACGAAGAGUCUGUUUCCAAACUGACUUCUCUUUGAAUAAAAAAACAAAAGUAAGGUUCUUAUAAAGCAUACUUGGGUUAGGUGAGGAAAUUACAACCCAAAUAGAGACUGUGGUCUGUAUUUUUAUAGAAUUAUUAGAGGUUUUGUAAUUGUAGCCUUGGUGAAAUGCUGUAUACUAGGGUAAAUGGAAAGAUGUGUUUUUGAAUUGAACUCUCCAUAGAAUCAGUGUGUGUGCUUGUGCUAACGUUCACAGACCAUUCUAGGAAGGAUAGCGAGUGGGGGAAAAUGGAGAUUAAGACUAGGACAGGCCUUGGCGUGAGCUCCUGAGUUAAUUUGUAGAAGCAAGGUGGUUUAGAUGUUUUUUUGUUUUUUUCCCCCCUAGUUGUAGAGGGUUCACACUGGCAUUCCUCAGAGGCUCAGGCCCUCAGCACAACCCGAGCCGAUUCCCCCCACAGAGCUGCUUGGUUUUAAUUAUUCCCUACAGGAGGAGAUCUGGACGACCAAAGCCAACAACAGUCCCAAGCUGCCCCAAACAGGAAUGGGUGUUAAAGAGGCUUUGGAAGAAUGCUUUGCAUUUUCCACAUAGAAAAAAAAUAUGCUGUAUUGUCUAACAAUGUUUACUUGCUUUGUAUGGGGAAAAGUCAAGAACCAAGCUGCUCUGGCCUGAACAGUAUGACCGACGUAACACACAGGUUUAAUUCUACCUCAUCAGAGCUCCUGUGAGUAUGGGGAACAGAACAGGCGUGCAGAGGAGCAUGCAUCGAGUUUUCAAAGCAGGACACUCAACUCAACUUGGAGAAAUCCUCACCUGUUGAGUCCUGGAAAACCACAAGUUUAUGCACUGCAGUAUUUGAACACCUUUGUAGUUUAAUCUUUAUAGCCUGGGAUAGUGUUAAGAGUGAUAUGAAAUAGUUAAACCAUAAGGACUGGAGUUAAAAGGAAUACGUUUAUUGCUUUUUGUUUUCUGUACAUUGCAAUAACAGUGAUGACACGGUCUUCUAAAUGUAUGUGGAUCUAACACCCGUUUGCCUGCACUAAUAAAGAUAUAGCUUUGCUUUGUCUGAUGAA